GAUUCCAGGGGAAUCGCAACUCGAGUGUUACUGAACAGGGCCUUAUUCGUAUAAGUGCAGGAAAAGGCCGCAGAAGGAUACAUCGGCACUCAGCGCGGGCGACAAUGCAGGUCCAGAACAGACUGCUGAGACCAAGGUGUCGAUUUGGUUCCUCCGGCGCCCGGCGGGCGUCCAACGCCAGCUUGCUAGACGCACUUCACGACCUCCAUUAUCCGCCGCCGCUCAGAUUAUGGCUUGCCGCUGUCCUGGACGCUCUCCUACUUGUGUCUGCUUCCUAUCGUCUGUGCGCAUUCUCUCAAGUCUCGGAUAGUGUAUUGCAGUCAUGGUAGGUCCAACUCGAAUUAAACCCUGACCUUGCAGUGGUACGUC